AUGAUUCUUGAAAAUGAAUUUGUUGAUGGCGAAGCAUUUCUUUCGCUAACGGAAACUGACUUAAAAGAACUCAAAAUAAAAACGGGACCGAGAAAAAGACUAUUGAAUUUAAUUAACGCAGCAAAAGCAACGAAUUGCAUUAUUGUCGAUGGAUCCAUCUAUGGAGUUCAAAAUAAUGUUCCUACAAUUGCAUCAACUUCUGGUAAUGAAAUUAUUCAACAAGUUGACGAGCAACCAAAAAAUUCUGUAGUAGAUGACGUAAAUAAUGUUCAAAACAUUCCUAUUUUACUGCAGCCACAAAAUAUAAAUAUUGAGCAGUCUAACGACGAAGAAAAUAAAUUAAAUGUUCGAGCUUGGAUUGAAGCAUAUGAUGCUACACAUACCAGACAGGUACCAUUAUUAAGUGUUCUUGAUUCUGGUAUCGUUGGAAACACCGAUCGUCAAGAAUUUAUUAGAAUAGUAUGUGCUGAAAUAGUCAAAUUUAGCAAUGAUCUGUAUCCAUCUAGCCAAUUAAAAACAGAAUUGGCUAAGGAAAUUGUUAAGACUUUCCCGAAAUUACGAUCUUCAUACUCGCCCGAAGGUUAUGAGCAUUUUUAUGAUAAGACGACAAAUAGCGGCUUUAUUCAAUAUCGCUUUCAAAAUAUGCGAGUAAAAUUAGGUCCAACGAAAAAGAAAAGAGCAUCGACUAAGCCAGCAAUUAAAAAAAUGAAUAUUAAAAGACAGAGGGCACAAUUUGUAAAACAAGAAUAUCUUGAUGAGGAAGUAUUUCAAGAAAAGUGUUCUGAGCUUAUAUCCAAAAUGCCCAACGAUAUCAAUAAGCCGAGCAUUAUACAAUUAUUAGAUGAAACAAGACCUAACAGGCAAAGGAGCAUAAAAAAUUUCGAACAUACGAAAAUAGAUGAUAUAUUUAAAUUAUAUCCAAAACUAAAAGAUUACAAUGGAGAAAUGAUUCACAGGGAAUUUACAUCUAUGUUUUCAAACAAUGAUACAUUUUUGAGAAAAUUUUCAUCUUACUAUGUGCCCAGAAUUUUGAAAUUCUGCCACAUGAAGAAGGAGUAUUUGCUCCAAAAAGUAGAGGAUUUUAACGAUGAUAAUUUCAAAGCUCUGGUUUUGUUGCCGGAGCUGUUGCCCUCGCCGAAUUACGCAAAACCAAAAACAUCUAGAGGAGAGAAUUCAAAGGGUGCAAAAAUUAAAGCAUCGAAUUUAUCCGCUAAACAGAUUCCAAACCAAAAUUUAUUACAAUUCGUUCAUACAAUGGAAGAUUUAAUUGAUGAAGUUGCUCUUAUAACAUGGGCGGCAUUCAUAACUGCAUCUUCAGAACACAACAUUGCAAAUUUGAAUGAUGAAAAGGUUGUCGAUUACACAAAGAUUUAUGAUCUGCCGGUGAAGCAGAUAGUGCAACCUUAUGUGACGAACGUAGAAGAGAAGAGUUCUGGACAAACGGACACCGAAGAUCAUUCUGAUGAUUUCGCGAAUGUCGAACUAAGUAGAUCAGCAGUUCACGCCGACGAGGAGGGAGGAUCGAAUGGUGUUUCCACGACCUAUUCCUCGCCGCCAGGAUCAAUUUAUACGACUCCGCUCGCCAAGACAAGUAUCCGUUUAGAGACAACCAACAAGUAUCCAUUUAAAGAACAUUUAAGUCUCGAGUCAGGGUAUACCGAGGAUGCGUUCCUUGUCGAAAAUGCCGGCAGUUUUGGACAAAAGGUCCGACAGGAUUAUCCGCGUGACAGAACAAUUUUUAGGACUGUCAUUUCGACCAGCGAGGGCCGAAAGGAUAACAAACACACGAAAUCUUUCAGCAGUACUGCGUUGCCUCUGCAAAAUGAAGAUAGUUAUAAAAAACCUUACCCAUCAACUAGUCAAGAACCAUUUGUGCUCGCACUGAAAAAGGAAAGUACUUUGGUAGAUGAAUCGUCUUCUGAUGCUUCCGAAAUGGUUAAGUCUAAAACAGUGGAUAAUUUCGAUGAAAUUUUCAGUGAAAUUACAACGGAAAACUCGCCAGGCAACAUUGCUUUGAUUCUCGAGAAUGAUGUCGUGCCCGAAAUUCUUCCGACACCACAAGCAAGAUUAUCCCGAGCGCGUAAUGAUACCACCAACGAAAAAAUCACGGAGAAAUCUAUGGAACCUACUCAAAAAUUGGAGAACGUUGUGAGAACAUCAACGACCGUAGAAAUCAGUCCUUCGUUUCAAACGCGAUUUUCAGGCCCCAUCGUAGUGGCUGACUUGCCUGACAGAGAAACUCAGGAGAUGGUUGUUGAUUAUAUGGACGAUGUAUCUGAAGCGUACAAACCAAUCGAGAACGCCGAGUUUACUUCGGAGACCAACGCCGGAGGCUCAAAAGUGGCGGCUUCAAGCAUAACAUCCUCGGUCAUGUUGAAUCCUUUGCAAGUCGGAAUCACGCUGAUGAACGCCAAUCAAGCUAGUUUGAUAGAUAAUAGUGAGCAAUCUGUCGCAGUGGACUAUCUGCAGGAUUAUCCCCAAGACGAUCUGCAACGCUUAGCAACUGUAAAUAAGGAAUUUCUCAAGAACAACGGCAAUCAGUCACAGAUCGAUUAUCAAGAUGAGAAUUUUGAACGUGACGAAGUCGAGAAGCAAGUUGAGGUUGACAUAAAAAAAGUCCCCGACAACUCCGUUGAGAUUCAAAAGUCCAUCGAGCUCUUCCAUACCGCGCCAGUGCAUGAGAUUCAUUAUCCUCCGGAGUAUAUUCAACAUACGUCAAACCUCGGUAUUAUUGAAACGAAUAAUAUUGGAAAUUGGCAGAAAUCAAACCAACCGUAUGAUCAGAUCGAGCAAUCAGAAUUGCGACCAACUUACGAUAUUUAUCAAGGUAAUAAUGACCAGGACGAAAAGAGGGGUAUUAAAGCCCACACAUCCCCGCAUCUUUCGCAAAAGCUUAAUCAGCACGAAUACAAUGCUCUCGAGGAGGACGUUGGCAGACCGAUAGCUUCGAUCGUAAACACCAAAUAUUCAUCAAAUACUCACGAGCAAACGCCCCUCGAGUUGCAGCCGUUCAAAUACAACGGCAUACAGCCCGCGCCUUUGGCCCCGAAUCAAUUUGAUGACACGUUAUACGAGCAAUCCAACGUACGACAUAAUUUUAACGGCAACGAUAACGGCAUACCGCCACGCGGAAAACCCGUUGGAGGUUCAACGAAACAAGAAACAACGAGCGAGCUUGUAAAACCGUACGUACCAAAUACGUAUCAGUACUCGGUGCAGCAGCCACAAUCAAAUCAACCGUAUGAUCACCAGCACUCAUUCCGAUCAUCGGAGAUAAGGCGGCCGGAAGCUCCGCAACUUCUUCUUAGGAUUAUUCCCGAGGGGUCGUCUGCGAACGGAGGCUUCCUGGUGCCGAUCCCGCGGCCCUAUCCGAUCGAGAAAAUUAUCGAGAAGACCGUUCACAUGCCGCACUCACGUCCGAUCGAAAUCGAGAAGAAGAUCCCGAUGACUGAGAAGGUGCAGAUGCCGGUACCGAUGCUGCAUCCCGUGCACGUGCAAGUGCCGCCGGUCGAGCGUGUGGUGGAGAAGCAGAUCCGCCUGCCACACAUCUAUCCGCUCCACAUUGAACGGGUGGUCGAGAAAAGGGUGCCAUAUACGGUCCAGCGAUUAGUAAUGCAGCCUCCUCCGUAUCCGUUGCACGUGAGACUGCCGGCUUACCCGGCGUACCCGGCGGCACCGCUCAGCCAGCCAACGCAUACAACGGUACCGAUAGAGAAGACCACGGAGAAGCCGGUGAUUUCCUCGCUACCUCCUCGGCCGUAUCGUGCGAGUACGGACAGGCCGCUCGAAAGCAGCAGCUCAACCGAGAGCAGAGUUACGAAAUAUUAUCAGAAGCCGCAGCAGGCGAUUUUUACUGGCGGAAAUCCUAAUUUCCAUAGUGUUGCCAGUGGCUUGACAUUUGUGCCGCCGUCACAGAGCGAGACGAACGUAUCGCAGUUCUACAGCGUUCCCUACGGCAGACCGUCGGCAUACAAUUAUAAUAUCGACGUCGGCAAGAAUUACGUUCCCGCGGCACAUUUUUCCAAUGUCAAAUUAGUGAUACUGCCGAAGAAGUUUGGCAGUCACGUGAUACUGCGACCGCACACGGCCACGACAUCGUACGCGAUACCAUCCUUUGGACGGCAGGUCCUGUACAAUCUAGUGGAGAAGGACAAAUCGGUUAAGGAUGAGUACGUGGGUCCUACGCCUCCGCGCAAAACCACCUCACAGAGCAAAGCGUUCCCUCAAACGAAGUCACCGCAGUUCUCCACGAAUACCGCUCAAUCGUUAGCCAAUCUAAGAAAAUCCAGGCAGCCGGAAACGCAACAUCACGGAAGUUUCAGACAAUCAAAAAUGGAAUACGGUUUCAAGCCGCCUAUGGUACCGUCCAUUCAGUACGACGAAAAUACCGCUAGUAAAGUAGAGAAUUAAUGCAAUGGUCUAUGAUAGUAAUAGUAACAUUAA